AUGGACGUAGGACAAGAAUUUGAAUUUGGAUCGUCGACUGAAGGUUCGCCAACUUUGGAAGAGUUAUUGAAUUGUCAUUUCGAGUCUGUGCCGUGUGACAUUGAAACAAUAACUACCAGCGUGGCUCCGGUGUUCCCCGAUAAUAGUGAUUUUAAUAAUAAUUGUGCUGCAGUACAGCAAUUAACAUCAUCGUCAAGUGGCUCUUAUUUCCAGCCAGCCGAGUCUAGCUACUCAGGAUAUAAUAUUAUUUCUCAACCAAUUUCCUACGAACAGCCAGUAGUGACUACAGAGGCUCAACUUUUGGAGUUCGGAGUUGGAGUUGGAGUUAAUAAUAAUUGUGCUACAGUACAGCAAUUAAUACCGUCGUCAAAUGGCGCUUAUUUCCAGCCAGCCGAGUCUAGCUACUCAGGAUAUAAUAUUAUUUCUCAACCAAACGAACAGCCAGUAGUGACUACAGAGGCUCAAGUUUUGGAGUCCGUGUUGGCGUCCGUGAAACUUGUUUCACCUAGCAAGCCUCAGGAAGAAGCGAUUACAGCCCAGCCUGUCUUUGCAGCUAACAACAGUACCCAAUUAGCAGGAUGCUCCUCUACGAAAAGAAGAAAGCGAAACAAUGCAAAAAUUGAUUAUGAUACGAACUUCUAUUGUAAGGAGUGUGAUCAGAAAUUCGGCCGUGUAGGCAGUUGGCGGCAGCACAACAACUCUCAGCAUUCCGAACUUCCGUUCGAAUGCACUAAAUGCGGCAAACGUUUUGGCACUCAGACGCAGCUAACGGUGCACAAACUAAAUCACACCGCAGCUAAACAAAAAUUUGCAUGCGACUAUCCCCACUGCACUCGUAGAUACGUCCACCGGAAAGAUUUACAACGUCACAAACAGAGUCAUGAGGGUUCAUAUGAGUUCAUAUGUGAUCUAUGUGGCUAUGGAUCAGCCCGUAAAGAUCACAUCCUUAAGCACAGGCUAACGGUACACAGAAACGGUAAAGUUCCAUCAAAAGUACCCAAAAAAGGUGCAGCGCAGUAG